AUGGGGGGUAGCGCAGAGGAGAUGGUGGAGAUGGAGAGGAUCUUCAAGAGGUUCGACGCGAACGGGGACGGGAAGAUCUCGUCCAAGGAGCUGGAGGACGCUCUUGGCUCUCUCGGGACGGCCUCGCCGGAGGACGUGGCCCGCAUGAUGCGCGAGCUCGACACCGACCGCGAUGGCUUCAUCUCCUUCGACGAAUUCUCCGCCUUCUACCGCGCCAACCGGGCCCUCAUGAAGGACGUCGCCAAGGUCCUCUGA